ACACCGCUUCAUUAUGCUGCUGGUCGAAACAUGAAAGAGGCAGUAGCACUGCUUAUAAAAGAGGGUGCGGACGUAUCAGCUAAAGAUAACCAUGGUAAUACACCUUUACAUCUUGCCGCCGUGACUGGGUCAUGUGAAGUCAUAUCAUUGUUAGUCCAAGCGGGCGCAAACCUAUCGUCAGAAGCUCGGUUUGGGUGGAUUGCUAUUGAU